AUGUCCGGGAUGCAACAGCAAGCAUCCACACCGUCUGAAGGACUGCAGAAAAUUCAGAGACAUUCCCGUGGAGAAAAGAGCGCAAAUUGUGAAGGAAGCCAACUUGUGCCUUCGUUGCUUAGGAUGGGUCCAGGAUCAACGACUACGAAAUUCUCCGGUUCCGUCACAACCAAAUCGGCAGGUAGUCGCACUCUACUACCGAUUGUUCCUGUGAUCCUGAAGGCCAACGGCAAAGAGUAUCCACUCUAUGCGCUCCUCGACCCUGGAAGCAAAAUAUCCGUAAUAAGGGGGAAAACCGCGGCUCUCAUCAAUCUACGAGGCAAAGUCGAACGAGUGGCUACGAGAACGGUAAACGGUGAAACUAAAUCUGUCGAUCGUAAGAUCGUCAAUUUCAGUGUCACUUCAACUUGCGGCCGCUUCUCCUUUGACAUCUCGGAUGCGCACGUGAUGGACUCUUUCGAACUCGACAAACGCCCGAUCAAUCUUGCUAGCCUUAGAGAGCAGUGGCCUCACCUCACUCAUGUUCCGGUCCACUCUACUACAAAGGAGGACGUCGCAAUUUUAAUCGGUCAUGACCACCCAUCCGCAAUUGAAAUCUUCGAAACGCGCAAAGACCCUUUUGACCAACGAGCACCUCGUGCCUACCUGUCAGCUUUCGGUUGGUACAUUGGAGGGCCAAGCGGAAAACUCAGUGACGACACUCGCGAUUGUUUCCAUUCCCACUUCGUCAACCUACUCUGGAAGACGGACAAUCCGGACCUCCCAAACAACCUCUUUGUCGCCCAACGUCGCUUCUUUAAUCUGGAAAGAAAACUUAUUAAGGACAAGGACCUCGGCAAGGUUUAUGGGUCGGUCAUCAAUACCUACGUCAGCUUGAAACACGCGCGCAAGCUUUCCCGAGAGGAGAUCAGCGCUGGUCCCCUCGGUCGAACGUGGUAUUGUCCUCAUCACCCUGUCUUCAACCCGAACAAGCCAAGAAAGUGUAGAGUUGUGUUUGAUUUAUCGGCCAAACACAAUGGAACAUGUUUGAACGAUGCUCUUCUAAAAGGGCCAGACCUCAUGACAAACCAGAUUGGGGUGCUUCUCCGUUUCCGCCAAUACGCUGUCCCACUCGUUGCCGACAUCGAAAAGAUGUUCCAUCAGGUACGAAUAAGAUCUCCCGAUGGGCCGGCCUUCCGCUUCAUUUGGCGUGAACCGGGUAGCGCAAACCCCCCGGAAGUUUAUCAGAUGGAAGUUCACCUUUUCGGUGCCGUCUCAUCACCGGCCAUAUGUGCCUACGCCUUGCAACAAGCUGUGAAGGACAGCGAAGAACCAGAGCCCUUGCUACGCCAAAUCUCCCGACACUUUUACGUAGACAACUGGCUAACGUCGUUCCCUUCGACGAGCGAGGCUAUUUCGACCGCCCAUCAACUGACCAGGGCGUUGAGGGCUGGUGGGUUUCCCUUAACCCUAUGGGCCACUUCAAACGACGUUGUACGGAAGGCAAUUCCCGGCCAACGAAAGGAAGGAGCCUCCGUCAACAUGGAUUUGGAUGAGGACCCUAUUGAACGAACCCUUGGUUUAGUUUGGGAUUUUCGACGUGACGUCUUCUUGCUUGGUGCCAAAGCGGAACCAGGAGGAAGAACUAAAAGGGAUCUGCUGAAAUCCAUCUUCAGCAUCUUCGACCCCCUCGGUUUCCUGGCCCCUAUAGUCUUCCAAGCAAAGGUUCUGAUGCAAAUCAUUUGGCGCCGUAAAUUUGAUUGGGACGAUGAACUAUCGCAGGAUCUUAUCGACCGCUGGAUCUGCUGGACCGAAACAUUGCCGUCAUUCUCCAAGCUCGUUCUCGAGCGAUGUAUCUCUCCACCACGAAGCGACCUUACAGCAACCGAGCUACACAUUUUUGGAGACGCGUCUGAAUUAGGCUUCGGCGCCGUCGCAUACGUCCGUUUCUUAUUCAACGAUCGCCCGGCAAACGUAAAGUUCAUCAUCUCAAAGGCCAGAGUAGCCCCUCUGAAAUUUUUGACAAUUGCCCGCCUAGAACUCAACGCCGCUGUUCUAGCCGCACGUCUCGGCACGCAAGUGUGCGUUGAACAGGACCUCGCCUUCGACCAGAUCUUUUACUGGACCGACUCGACAACCGUCCUCAGCUUGAUUAAUUCCAGGAAUUGCCAAUUUAAUAACUACGUCAGUAACCCGAUCGGUGAGAUAUUUGAGACCACGACUCCCGAUCAGUGGAAUUAUGUACCAAGCACGAGCAAUCCGGCAGACGAUGCUAGUCGCGGUCUAGAUGCUUCUGAAUUCACCAUCGACCAUCGAUGGUUCACCGGACCGCCCUUCCUUCGAGGUUUAGACAACUGGCCUGAACUUCAAUCUCUUCCAGUAAUUGACGAAACUGAUCCGGAGAUAAGAUAA